AAGAUGAUGAGUCACAGAGACGAUUCACCAGCUUAUAAAUAGUUAAAUCCGGCAAAAGUAAAAGUAUUCAAUAGAGAAACUACGACCAAGAAUAUUCACCGGAGAUUGUGAUCGUUAGAGCACUAGAGAAUUGAAUGGUGCUUUUGCCUGCAUUUUUGGACGGUUUGGCAAGAAGUGUAUCGAUGAAGAAAGGAAAAUAUCUAUCUGAAGAUGAAGAUGGAGGUAAAGAGAUCGCAAAAUCGAUGAUGAAAUAUUCCAAGAAGAACUCGACUUUCCUAGGUUCAUCGGGCUUUGUUAGCUCCGAAACUUCCAAGAGAUUUACCUCUAUUUGUACUAAUAGAGGUGAGAAAGGAAUAAACCAAGAUCGUGCCAUUGUUUGGGAGGGUUUUGGAAGCCAAGAAGACAUAACAUUUUGUGGGAUGUUCGAUGGACAUGGACCAUGGGGACAUAAGAUAACCAAAAGAGUAAAAAAGUUAUUUCCAGCUUCACUGCUUUGCCAGUGGCAACAAACUCUUGCAUCCUUAUCAUCUUCACCGGAAUGUUUCUCUCCGUUUGAUCUUUGGAAGCAACCUUGCAUGAAAACAUUUUCUAUCAUCGAUCUUGAUCUCAAGAUCCAUCCAUCCAUUGAUUCUUACUGCAGUGGCUGCACCGCUCUCACCGCCAUCUUGCAGGGUGAUCAUCUUGUUGUAGCAAAUGCGGGUGACUCAAGAGCAGUAAUAGCAACAACUUCUGAUGAUGGAGUCGGUUUAGUGCCGGUUCAGCUAUCAGUAGACUUUAAACCGAACAUUCCCGAGGAAGCAGAACGGAUAAAACAAUCGGAUGGACGGUUGUUUUGCCUAGAUGAUGAACCGGGAGUGUACCGGGUGGGCAUGCCAAAUGGCAGAUCGCUUGGUUUAGCUGUCUCAAGAGCGUUUGGAGAUUACUGCCUUAAAGACUUUGGUUUAGUCUCUGAACCGGAAGUGACAUACAGAAAGAUAACCAGCAAGGACCAGUUUCUCAUCUUGGCAACCGAUGGGAUGUGGGAUGUGAUGACAAAUGAUGAAGCAGUGGAGAUAGCAAGAGGAGUGAAAGACAGAAGAAAGAGCGCAGAGAGAUUGGUAAAGAAAGCUAUGAUGCUUUGGCGUAAGAAGAGAAGAAGCAUAGCCAUGGAUGAUAUAUCUGCUCUCUGUCUCUUCUUUCACCCUUGUUAAUUUAAUUCUUCUUUAACCUCUAAUAAGUAAUAACUCAUACACACAUCAAUGUUUUCAACUUCAACAACCAAGAUGUGAUACAUAUGCAUUUACAUAGUGUAUAUGUAUGAUUGAUGAUGCUAAGAGAGUGGCUGUGAUUAGAAAUGGGUGAUUAAAAGUUAAUUUCAGCAUGUUUUUGUAAAUUGGUGUGUGACGGUCAUUGCUCUUGGAAGCAAAAAUGAUUAGGAUUAGAGCCUGGAGGAUCCAAGUGAGUUGAAUAAUUAGAAUUCAGCCAACUAUAAGGAAAAAUGAUAUCAAAUUAAAACAUAGUAACAGAGGUUUUUAAGGACUGCACAAAGGAAAAAAAGAGGAGAUAGAACACAGAUUCAGGUUUCAAAGACUUUCUUGUUUGCAGAUAAACGGAUAUAUGAGAGGUGUGAUUAGGCUAACCAGUGUCCUUGAGCCAACGACCGACAUUUUCCAGACAAGGCCUUCUUGAAAAGAGUGGAAGCAAAAGUAGGGGAAGACCAUCCUUCUUAUUGUUCGGCUUGAGUGAAAGUCUUCCAGGUGCUGUGAAGUCUUCUCUGACCUUUGCUGCUACAGAGGCAAUGGUUUCGUAGAGCUCACGCAGCUUCUCGCUCAGAGUUGGGAAAAGAAUACCAUCACAGCCUCCCACUGGAACAUGAUAUGAAUAAACGUGAAAA